AUGAAUCCCAUAGCUAUGGCCAGAGCACGAGGUCCGGCCCAAAAUUCAGGACCAACAAUACAAGACUACUUGAACAGGCCAAGGCCAACAUGGGAAGAAGUGAAAGAGCAACUGGAAAAGAAAAAGAAAGGAUCCAGGGCUUUGGCUGAGUUUGAAGAAAAGAUGAAUGAGAAUUGGAGGAAAGAACUUGAAAAACACAGGGAGAAAUUACUGAGUGGAAACGAGUGUUCCUCCAAAAAGAAAGAGAAAAAGAAAAAGGAGAAGAAGAAAUCUAAUAGGUUGUCUUCAUCUUCCUCUUCUUCAUCAAGCUCUGAUUCUUCCAGCAGUUCAUCUGAUUCAGAAGAUGAGGAUAAAAAGCAAGGGAAGAAAAGAAGGAAAAAGAAGUAUCGCUCCACACGGAAAUCUUCAACAAGCUCAACUUCUGAAUCUGAGGCAGACAGCAAGGACAGCACAAAAAAGAAAAGGUCAAAGGAAGAGUAUGAAAAGGAGAAGGACAGCAAAAAUCACCACAGGAAAAGGAAGAAAGCCGAUCGUGGUGAGGGACCUUUAUCAUCAGAAUCUGUAUCGGAAUCGGAUCAAACAGAGGAGGUGCAAGCAAAAAAGAAGAAAAACAAUGAGGAAAAAGAGAAAACAGAUAAAACAAAAAAGAGAAAGAAGCACAAGAAACAUGGUAAAAAGAAGAAAAAGAAGAUUGCUGGUUCAAAUUCGGAUUCGGAAUAAUACUUUAAAAUACCAAGACUAUCAACAGAAGUGCAAUGACUAAAGGAAACUUAAACUGUGAAAUGACAGCAAACUUUACCAAACUGCAUGAGUUUUCCUGUGUUUUAGAAAUAUUCCUAAUCUUUCAAUAGCCGGCCAGAUGCAGCUGUGCUGGAAAAGACCAUUGUUAUUGCCUGCUGCUUAAUACAUGAGGUACAACUUUUCUAGAAUUCCAGUAAGCAGUGUUAGAUGUUGGAAACAAUACGAGAUGGUAGUCCAGCUGAGGUGUAAAGUAUUGGAAAAUGAGAGUUAAACUUUUUAGAUAGUAAAAGUAGUCCUUUAUAGCAUUAGUAAUAGUCUUUAUUUGUAAAUCAGGACAAAUAAAAUCCCGAGUUCAUCCUGCAGGUUAAUAUUUUGCAUAAACUAUUACAAGCUGGUGUCUGCUAAUGGCAUUUACAAAAUGGGAAGUUAAUGAUAACAGUUGAAAUGCUGCCUUUGUAGAAAUGUUUAUCAUCUGCCCCAUUACCAUCUUCAUGCUUAUGAGAAAGGGAAUGCUGUACUGUUUUGGCUAACUGAAUAGGGUGCCUUUGCCUUUGAUUCUUGCAAAUCUCUGCUAUUUUUAAUCCAUGCAGCAUCUCUGAUUCUAGGGAGGCCAGAACUAUUGUCAGCAGACUUUUUCUGAAUAAGCAGUUCUGGGCUUCUAAGCAUGUGCUUCUGCAUUAAGCAAGAGCAAUGGCAUUUUGCAGUAAAACUGACAUUCAAAACCUGAAGAUUUUACCUCUGCUUCUUCGAAAUAGCGAUAGAUCUUUGCUAGUAAAUACGCAUCUUUCAUUUAAUGUAAUUUUGGUUUAGUUGAGUGCUUCUUGCAAACACUGGUAGCUUUAUUUGCAUUAUCUUUAGAGUUGUUUGCAUGAUUUGUACCAUUUUUAACUUAACAAAAUGCAGGUAACCGUUUGUUGUAACCAGUUCUAUGAAUUACGUUCCACAUGCAGAGUUUCAUGUACGUAUUUAGUUAUUCUUCUAGUUAAGUUCAUUGCUGUGUUUAAGUGCACACUUGCUGAAGAUAUUUAGCAUGUAAAAAGCAGGGUUUUGAUACCUUAACAGCUUCAUAUUGAAGCUGAUUUUACUCUAAGCAAGUUCAGUGGCAGACCUGUUACGUGAUGUGUCUUGUUAGAUUAAAAAAACCCUACUGCCAGAAUCUCAUUAAAGAUACUGUUUAAACAGUUUGUAUUUAUAUUUUUGUACCUGAGGGCUGCAGAAUGUUGACCU